AUGGGGAACAGCGCCUGCAGCCCACGCCUCCACGACAGCUGCCGAGUACACCCUGUCUGCCCGAACGAGAUUGAUGCGGCUUUUCCCUUGACCCGCCCUAAUUGGGACUUUACCACGGACGCAGGUAGGGGACACCUAUGUCUUUACCGCCAGUUGCUCAUAGUGGGUCUCCAAGGGACAGCACACCGCCCCACUAAUUUGUCUCAGGUAAAGCAAGUGAUACAAGGGAAUGAGGAGACACCCUCAGCAUUUUUAGAGAGGCUUAAGAAAGCAUAUAGAAUGUAUACCCCUUAUGAUCCUGAGGAGCCUGGACAGGCCACUAGCAUUUCUAUAUCCUUCGUAUGGCAGUCAGCCCCAGAUAUCAGAAAGAAACUUGAGCAGCUUGAUAAUCUUAAAGAGAGUUCACUCCAGGGUUUGCUGAAGGAAGCAGAGCGGAUUUUCAAUAAGCAAGAAACUCAGGAGGAAAGAGACGAGAGGCUUAGAAAGGAGGCCAAGAAAAGAGAAAACAGGAGGGAUCGCAAGAGAAACAAGGAAAUUAGUAAAUUGCUGGCCACCGUAGUUUCAGGACAGAGACAGGAUAGGCAGGGAAAAGACCGAAGAGGCCCCCGAGUGGACAAAGACCAACGUGCCUACUGCAAAGAAAAAGGACAUUGGAUUAAAAAUUGUCCUAAGAGACCGAGGGGACCAAGGAAGCCAGAACCCCAGGGUUCCUUGCUGACCUUGGAGGACUAGGGAAGUCGGGGUCAAGACCCCCCCCCUGAGCCCAGGAUAACCCAUGAUGUUGGGGGGCAACCCGUCACCUUUCUGGUAGACACCGGGGCCCAACAUUCGGUGCUAACCCAUGCCCCGGGACCCUUAAAUGAUAAAUCAGCCUGGGUCCAGGGGGCCACUGGAGGAAGAAGAUACCGAUGGACGACGGACCGAAAAGUACAGCUGGCAACCGGUAAGGUGACUCACACCUUCUUGCAUGUUCCUGACUGCCCGUACCCCUUACUAGGGAGAGACUUGCUCACCAAACUGUGGGCACAGAUAUAUUUUGAGGGGACGGGGGCAUGCAUUACUGGGCCCCAAGGUCAACCUUUACAUGUGUCAACUCUUAAUCUAGAAGAUGAAUACAGACUGUAUGAGCAUGAAAAAACCCAAAAUCUGAUGAUGACCUACUGGUUGGAGAAAUUCCCAUAUGCAUGGGCAGAGACAGGGGAUAUGGAACUGGCCAUGCAGCAGGCACCGCUAAUGAUCCCACUGAAGGCCACGGCAACUCCUAUAUCAAUCAAGCAGUACCCUAUGUCCCAUGAGGCCUACCAAGGAAUUCGUCCCCAUAUGAGAUUAUUGGACCAGGGGAUAUUGGUUCCCUGCCAGUCUCCCUGGAACACUCCCCUCCUCCCAAAAAAAAAAAAGCCAGGGACGGGGGAUUACCACCCAGUGCAAGACCUAAGGGAAGUCAAUAAGUGGGUUUACAACCUCUUAUUGGCAGCCACCUCAGAGGAGGACUGCAGGAAAGGCACCAAAGCUCUCUUGCAAACCCUGGGGAGCCUAGGAUAUCGGGCAUCUGCAAAGAAGGCUCAAAUCUGUCAAAGGCAAGUUACCUACUUGGGCUACCAAAUAAGAGAUGGGCAGAGACGGCUGACUGAGGCCUGCAAACAGACAAUUAUGAGUAUUCCCGUCCCCCAGAGCCCCCGACAGCUGCGGGAAUUCCUGGGGAUGGCAGGAUUCUGUCGCCUCUGGAUCCCAGGUUUUGCAGAAAUGGCAGCACCCCUGUAUCCACUCACUAAACAAGGGACCCUCUUCACCUGGGGAGAGGCCCAACAAAAGGCCUACAAAAACAUCAAAGAGGCCCUGCUGAUCUCUCCCGCCUUGGGCCUCCCUGAUUUGACUAAGCCCUUUGAACUGAUGGCAGGGUUAUGCCAAGGUUAUGCCAAGGGGGUCUUGACCCAGAGGCUGGGCCCCUGGAGGCACCCCGUGGCAUAUCUCUCAAAGAAGCUCGACCCGGUGGUCGGAUGGCCCCCUUGUCUGAGGAUGGUAGCUGCCAUAGCGGUCCUGACAAAGGACGCUGGCAAAUUAACUCUGGGACAGCCACUGACUAUCCUAGCACCUCAUGCGGUGGAAGCUCUGGUUAAACAGCCUCCAGACCGCUGGCUCUCUAACGCUCGCAUGACUCACUAUCAAGCCAUGCUGCUGGACACCGACCGGGUCCAUUUCGGCCCAGCAGUUACCCUAAACCCGGCAACCCUGCUCCCCCUGCCGGAGGAGGCUGAGCAUCGAUGUCUCCAAAUCCUUGUGGAAAUGCACGGGACCAGACCGGACCUGACAGACCAGCCCCUCUGGGACGCCGACUUUACCUGGUAUACGGAUGGGAGCAGUUUUCUGAAAAACGGGGAAAGGAGAGCCGGAGCAGCGGUGACCACCGAGACGGAGGUAAUCUGGGCCAAGGCUCUCCCAUCAGGGACCUCGGCUCAGAGAGCAGAGCUCAUCACUCUGACCCAGACACUAAGGAUGGCAGAAGGUAAGAAGCUCAAUGUUUACACGGACAGCCGGUAUGCCUUUGCCACAGCCCACAUCCAUGGGGAAAUCUAUCGGAGACGGGGCUUGCUGACCUCAAAAGACAAAGAGAUUAAAAAUAAGUCCGAGAUCCUAGCCUUACUUAAGGCACUGUUUUUGCCUCAAAAACUGAGUAUUAUCCAUUGCCCUGGACAUCAGAAAGAAAACAGCCCAGAGACUCGAGGCAACCGGCUGGCAGAUACAACUGCCGGGGAGGUAACGCUCAGAGGAAUGUUAUCCUCCUCCCAAGCCUUUCCCGUAGCCCCAGGAAAAACCCAAUCGAUCCCAUGUUGCCCCCUCCCAUAUAGCAAGGAGGACAUAGACUUACUGAAAAAGCUGGGGGGCACCUAUCAUCCUGAGAGAGGGAGAUGGACAUACAAAAAUAAGCCCAUCAAGCCUAUAAAGGAGAUUUACACAAGCUGA